AUGGCAAAGAAGAUAUUAAUGUUACAUGGGCUGGCUCAAUCAGGAGAAUAUUUUGCAUCCAAAACAAGAGGGUUCAGAACGGAACUAGAGAAACAAGGUUACCAACUGUGUUACGCAACAGCGCCAAAUAAAUACCCUGCACCAGAUUUCGAUAUCAAUCUAGAUGAUCUGGAUGGAACUUCUUUACCAUCUGAAUCGAAUGAAAUAUUAGCUUGGCUACAAAAGAAUCCAUCUGACGAUACUUACAAAUUACCUGAUACUACGAUAUCGUAUUUACAUGAUUAUAUAAUUGCCAAUGGUCCCUUUCAUGGCAUUGUUGGUUUUAGUCAAGGUGCUGGAGUAGCAGGUUAUUUAUUGACUGAUUUCAAUGGAUUAUUACAUUUGAAUGAAACGGAACAACCACCGUUGGAAUUUUUCAUGUCAUUUGGUGGGUUUAGAUUUAAACCAGGAUGUUAUCAAAAGCAAUAUGAUGAAAAUCCCAUUAAGGUUCCGUCAUUGCAUGUUUAUGGAGAUUUAGACACCAUUACAGAACCUGAGAAGGUUCAAUCUUUGUUAAAAUCGUGCACUGAAGGUACAGCAACGUAUCUAACACACCCUGGUGGUCAUUUCGUUCCAAAUUCAAGAGGAUUUUUGAAAAAAGUUGUAACUUGGUUAGAUAGUUUAAAUGAUCAAGAACAAACCUAA